CGGCAUACAAUAAACAAAUCGUGACCCUCGCGCCGAUCGUAGGCGGCAUACAAUAAACAAAUCGUGCGCCUGGCAGGGUCGCUGUCGUCUGCUUAGCAGUCCUCUUUAAUCGCCACCCAGGGAUCAUUUACUACUCUGAACACCGAACGUAACGUGCGUUCCCGUUACAGUGGAAAUUCGCGGCGACGCACAGGCUUGCGCAAUGAGGCUGCUCACAAGGUGUUCGAUGAAAUGCCGCGCUGAGCUUAAGCCCGUGCUACACACGGAUGCCGUACUCCGCGCGCUCUCGUUGGGCGGGGCUAGCACGGGCGUCGGUACCAGAGGGAUCCACUUCGUGCCUGGUCCGGCCUCCGAGGAGGAGCAAGAGCGCGUCCCGCCGUCCCGGGGGUGGUACCCGGCCGCCUACGCCAGACUGCUCCGUCUUGCGGGGUCGCUCCAAGGCGUCGACCUCGUAGAUGGCGACCUGCGGGACGCCGCGACGGGAUCCCUUGUCACCGAUGUGCACGCCGUCGCCCGGGUGGAGCAGUUCGACGCCCUCGCGGGUGAGUUCGCCGCGACCCGGCGUGGGCCGCCGCUCAAGACGACGGCGCUGAGCUCGCUCACGAAGGUCUGCGAUGUUCUCGGCGUGUCGGCGCAGCGGAGGAAGAACGUGCGGCUGACGGUCUGCCCGCAGGUGACGCAGCAGCUCGUCUGGCGCGGCGCGCUGGAGGAGGUGCUCAGGGACCUUCGAGCAGACAUGGGCGCGCUGGAACCCCCGUCCCCGGCGAUUCGGAUGGCGGAACAGAUCGCAUCGGCCUGCGCCAGCUUCCUAUCGGAGACCGCGGACGCGGCGACGUCCUCCUCGCCGUCCUGGAUGCGCCCAACGCCGUACAGGAGGCCGUCCCAUGCGCCGCCGCCGGCAAAGACAUGGCAAGAAGUGCUGGACAUGUUCACGGACCUGGGGAAGAGCCUGGCAACCGACGAGCGGCUAGCCGGGCAGGCGCAGAAGGUGGAGGCCAUGAAAGAGGGGCUGUACCAGAUACGCGACAUCAUUGUCGAGAGGGACAUCGCCUUCAAAGAGGCGCGCCACCAGGACUGCCUGGUGCAGAGGAAUCUGUCCAAGAACCUGGGGCACUCGUCCCGGGGCCUCUACACGCUGCUGCUCUUCUACCUCUACGGCACUGUCCGGGACAUCGAGGUGCAUAUCGGCAAAUGCCUGUCCGGCAAGGAAGGCAAGAAUGUCACCAUACACGCCGUGAAAUUCCUCGUCGACGGCGAUGAACUCACGGUCCGGAGCGGCAUCAAGCAGCUGAGCCGCGCUCUCCAUGUCUUCAGCUUUGUCUGGGAAGCGGCAAAUACUGACACUGGGACUAACAACGAUAUCGUCGUCAAGAAAGGUGAGGGUGCCAAGGGAGUACUGAAGCUGCAAGGGCAUCUGUGGGGCCUUGGUGUCGAAGAGAAGACGGUGACAUACAGAGGGGAUGUUUUCAAAGUGCAUCAGAUAAAGCUGCCCUGAUUUUCUCCAAAUUCGCAACA